CACUCCAACAAUUACUGACGAGCAUGCAGCAGAGCCUUAAUAAAGUCUUCAUGCUAGGCAAUGACAGUCAAUCUACGCAGCAUCAGAGGACCCUCUCUAGUAUAUGUUGAAUAGCACAGCUAUACCUACUGCUAUCAGCAACGUCAAGCUUCUGCAGAAGACCGACAUCCGCUGGGCUCGGCAAAUAUUGAUAAAGCGCGGUCGUUAUGCUCUGUUAUGCACAACGGUCUGUCAGCUUUAGCUUGCUGUCUCAGCAUGUGAGACGUCAUGUUUGCCGCUCUUCCAGGGUCGGCUGAAACUUGGCAAUGCUUGGUUGCUUAUGAGCUUAUGAGGCCUCGACGACAAGUGACUGUAGGGUUUUCCCCUUGCUCUUGUCGAUACUGGAGCAAGAUGUUUAGGAGCAUCUUUCAGGCUUCGUUCGUAGCUUUCUCGCUUCUUUUCGAAAGUUUUCCAGCAGCAGCUCAGAAGCACGAUGCAAAGGUUUCCACGGCGCCCUUGUCGUCCCUAUCUGCCGCGUUAGCAAGACCGCAGACAAUACAGCAAGACCGGAGCGUCGCAAAGAAGUUCUUGUCGCCGUCUCUCAACAACGGCAUUGAUCAGGUGAUGCUCAAUGUCCCUGUUGGAAUUGUCCAGACGCCAGUUGGUCUACGUGUCAUGGUUGAGAAUAUGCUUGUUCCCGCACAGGCAAUCAUUUCCCAAAACCCACUACUCAUGAUGCCAAGUGUACAACAGUCGACGCAGCAAGGAUCUGGGGUCUUUCCAGUUGUUAUCCAACCGGGUCUUUCACCAGCAGGCCAGCAGGAUGCGGCUCCUGUGUUUCAGCCGCAAGUCGCUCCACAGGCUGUCCAGCAAGACACGUCUCCUCUACCGCAGCCACUGGCCUCUCUCACGUCAUCCUCGGUACCGGUUGUCCCAGGUCCAGCAAGUGGAGUGCCCAUUGGAACUGCGGCAGUCUCCGAACAGCAGCAGCAGCCGUCGUUGCCACCUGUAGCAGCCUCUACCAAUGCGGCGAACGGUGCAUCCCCUGCAGGCCAACAGGUUUCCGCUGCACCGCCUCAAGUACAGCCCGUUGCCUCGACGCAAGUCAAAGACUUGAGCUCUCCCAAUCCUGGUGGUUCUGCAAGGUUAAGUGCACCAGGUCGAGCGAGUUUCGGGAUUGAUACUUCUACAGUGCCAGUACCUUCGAGUUCGUCUGCUGCAGCGCCUGUCACGUCGCCUGCAGCACCGCCUGCCCCGAACCCAAGUGUCGUGCCAGCCGCAAACGCAAGCAUGCCCUUAUCGCGCCAAGCACAGAUGCCAUUGAAGAGUGUUCCCGGAAGUGGUUCAAACAAUAUAACCAAUGCAAUUGCAGGGGCCAAUUUGACACAACCAGCACCGCUUGCUCCAGGUCCAAGUAUCGUGCCAGCAGCAAAUGCAAGCAUGGCCCUAUCACGCCAAGCACAGAUGCCAUUGAAGAGUGGUUCCGAGAGCGUUUCAAAAAAUGUAACCAAUGCAGUUGCCGGGAUCAACUCGACGCAGCCGGCACCAUUCAAGAGUUCUUCAAACAUCUUGCCAUCUGUAGUGUCCAGCAAUGCCACAGGCUCGCGAUCGACCAGUGCAACGGGUAAUUCAACAGCAUUGAUGCAGGGUAGAUCUCCUGCUACGCGAAAAGAUGAUGGGUUGGACGCUGUGAUUGGAAACGUGUACAAGAACGCUACACUUCCGACCCUCAACGCAUUCAAGCCCACUCCCGCUGCCACCAUGCCAGGCAAGAACGUCACUCAAGGUCUCACGUCGAAUAUGACUUUGACGAGAAACUCUGCUGCCAGUCCAGUACCCAUUCCCAGUGCACCACGGCCUGCCAAGAAUGUGACACAAAGCGCCCAGCUCGAGGCCAGCGCACGGCAAUCGAUGCAGUCGGCCCACGAGAGUCAUCUUCAGCCUUCUGCCAUGGUCCAUCUCAACACUACGCGCAUGACGCUGGGGUUCAAGGCAAGCAUCAAGACAUCUUCUGCACCCAUAUGGAGCAGUGUCUGGUACGUAAGUGGCUGCAGCAGUGUCAUUACAUUACUGGUCAUUUGAUACAUCAUACAAUCUGUAAACUCGCUAAGGAAUGAAAAG